AUGCGAAAUUUCUUAUCAAAAUUCCUUAAAUUGAAGAUUUUAUGGGGGUGUGACUCCUCGGACAUUGGCAUGUCAACCUUUGACAGUGUGCAGAAAACCUUAAGAGCACUAUAGGGGGGUGGUGCCUGUCUGCCCCCCUGUGGCCCAUGGGCGGCCGAGGCCAAUGACGAGGGGGGGUUCUAGGAUCGUCAUUGGAGGGCCGAGGGGAGUCAGGAAAUGUCGGCAGUGGGAAAAAAUGUGGGAUUAAGCGUGGGAAAAAACCGAAAAAACCGAUAUUUCAUCCCCGACAAGUGCUCUCGGCCAGCCCAGCCAAGUGCUCUCGGCCAGCCCAGCCGAGUGCACUCGGCCACCCCAGGCGAGAAAUUUCGGCCAGCCUCUGUAGGUGGCCGAGAGAUCUCGCACAGGCGGUCGAGAGUCCUCGGCCAGCUUUGCCGAGUGCACUUCUCGGCCAGCGCUGCCGAGUGCACUCGGCCAGCUGCUGUCGAGUUUUCUCGGCCAGCUCGGCCAGUUGCUGUCGAGAUUUCUUGGCAUGCUCGGCUAGAGUGCUGUCGGCCAGCGCUGUCGAGUGCUCUUGGCCAGCUCGGCCAGAGUGCUCUCGGCCAGCUCGGCCAGAGUGCUCUUGGCCAGCGCUGUCGAGUGCUCUCGGCCAGCUCGGCCAGAGUGCUCUCGGCCAGUGCUGUCGAGUGCUCUCGGCCAGCUCGGCCAGAGUGCUCUCGGCCAGCUGCUGCCGAGUUUUCUCGGCCUGCUCGGCCAGAGUGCUCUCGGCCAGCGCUGUCAAGUGCUCUCGGCCAGUGCUGUCGAGUGCUCUCGGCCAGCUCGGCCAGAGUGCUCUCGGCCAGCUGCUGCCGAGUUUUCUCGGCCUGCUCGGCCAGAGUGCUCUCGGCCAACCAUUGUCCGGUGAUUUUUUUGUGGAAUAUCGACAGCGGGUGAACCGUGUAUCGAUAUUUGCUCUCGACGAAUGUGGGUUCUUUCGAUGUUCCUCUUCGGAGGUGAAAUGUGGGUUGUCCGAAACUGUUUUUGUGGAUCAUCGACAGCGGGUGAACCGUGUAUCGAUAUUUGCUCUCGACGAAUGUGGGUUUCUUUGAAUUGUCUCUUUGGAGGCAAUUUACGUGCUAAGCGGUGCGCAAGUGGCUUCAUCAAGUGAAUUCGCGAGUUGAGUUUUAGCUAUAUGUUAAGCUUGGCAGUGGGUCAUCUUGUUGGGGUUGGUUUGCGUUGUACGUGAUGCGCAUGAGUGGUAGUUGAGUUGUUUGGGAGGGCGGGCUCCGUGCUUUGAGCAUCGAACCGUCUUCUUGCAACUCUUUUCAUUGUUACCUCGCCCACGGUGAGGGGUGCUGAUCGGGUUCCUGUGUUGCAUACCCAUUAAGGGGAAGUGGAAGUUUGCGUUUAGUUUUCGCUGUGUGCUCGCUUUGGGCUCGUGGUGGACAACGUAGCAUCGCUUGUGUACCAAGCUCUCAUUGUUAGUUUGAGAUUUGGCCCUCGUGUGUUGCUGUGCUCUUGGUUGCGGAAAGUGAUGUGGCCAUGGGGGAUUUCGCAUCUCCCUGAUAUUGGCCCGACCCUAAGAAUCCUUUUUGAACGACCGCAACAACCUCGAAUUGACCUGCUCGUUUCAUUGCGUUUUCUUUGAUGGGCCGGUCAGUUGGAGUUGGAGCGUCGAAAGAGGGAAUGCUACCUGGUUGAUCCUGCCAGUAGUCAUAUGCUUGUCUCAAAGAUUAAGCCAUGCAUGUGUAAGUAUGAACAAAUUCAGACUGUGAAA